AUGAUUUGCCAACGCACGACAAAGGCGGUCGUCCAUAUCUUCACUGAGCAGGGGUUUUUCGCAGACGUUUAUCUUGACGAUUUUUACGGCGCGGAAUAUCCAUCUCUUGCAGCCCAGGCCUUUUCCUGUCUCGGUCAGCUAUUCCAACAUCUCGGCUUAGAUUCUUCUCCUGAGAAGGACUCGCCUCCUUCAACGUCCAUGAUUUGUCUCGGUCUUCUUGUUGACACUGCAGCGUUCACCCUCGAGGUUCCUCCUUCACGUCUUGACGAUUUACAGGCCGAACUCAAACUUUGGCAAUCCUCUACCUGUUUUACUAAGAAACAACUUCAGUCCCUCCUAGGGAAGCUCUCUUUUGUUACCGCUUGCGUUAAGCCCGGUAGAAUCUUCAUGGCUCGACUCCUAAAUAGUCUUCGCGAGUGCACGCAGCUAGCCCGUCACCGAUACCCCAUUUCUGCUUCUAUGCUCUCAGAUAUUCAGUGGUGGCUCGAUUUUCUUCCCCGGUUUAAUCGUGUAUCGCUCAUCAAGCCUUCCUCCUGGGACUUUGAGAGCCUUAACUUCUCGACCGACGCCUGCCUUUCUGGAGGCGGCGCUACUUGUCAAACGGAGUGCAUUAGCUUUGUUUUUCCUGAUUGUAUUUCUCCUGACAAUCUUCAUAUCAACGCGCUGGAACUUUUCACGAUCAUUGUUUCACUCAAGCACUGGGCUCCUCAGUUACGCGGACGCAAAUUCAUCAUUGCCUGUGAUAACUCCGCUGCGGUGACCGUUAUCAAUUCUACAAGAUCCAAGGAUCCUUUCCUGCAGCGCUGUCUGCGACAACUUUGGUUCACCGCUGCUCUUUUCGAUUUUGAAGUUCGAGCAUUACACGUUCCUGGAAAACACAAUCAAUUCGCGGACUGUCUCAGCCGUUGGCAUUCAGAUGCUUCAGCUCGCGAUACUUAUUAUCGUCUGUGUAGUGACUUUGAUCAGAUUUUUCAUUAUCAAGAUAUUGACUCUGCUUGUUUUUCUUUCGACGUUGCGUGA